AUGGCCGCGUCAGGCUUUUUCCGGAAGACUUCCCUGCCCUCAGCUGUUCCAUCGCAAGCCAGCCAGGUCAUCCGUAAGUCCUUGGACGGUACGCUGCGGAAAUUCGAGGCCGAGAAUGAGAAGAGCAUCGACUUGCCUGCCCAGCCCCAUGCGAGCUUUGAUCUCAGGCACCAGAAAGGCCUGGAAGCCGGUGAGGAGGCCUCUGGAGAUCAUGUUGGUUUUAGGACAAGGUCUGAAGACAAAGGCCUGCCCAACGAGUUCAACAAGGGCUUUUCUGCUGCUCCCUGCACGCUUUCAAGCAGCAGCUGCAGCAGCGCCACUGCAGAUGCAGAAAUGGCCCAGCAGGAGAAGGAAGCGACUCCGGUAACAGGAAACCAUGAGAGGUUCGGGCAGCAGCGAGCUAGGACGAAGGAUGCUGAGGCAGCUGAGGAGCAAGACUUGCUGGAUCUGCUGCCCAUGCCUGGAACCUCGGCUACCAAAGGUGCAUUUGGUGCCUUAGAUCCAGAGCAGCAGUCCCGGGCAUUCAUGAAACCCGAAGGCGAAGGAUGUUUCUGGACCGAAGCCUCGGUCGACACCUUCGAUGAUGAGUUUCUUUGCUGCACAGAGCUUCCAGAAGAAGCUUCCAACGGUUGGGAGCAAGCAGCAUCGCGCAGUACACGCAGUGCCUCAAGUGGAUCUCCCCCGAACCAUCGCAGACCUCUGAAAGCCGGUUUGGACACCUCAGCCGGGACUAGCACAUCACAGGCCAAGCCCGCUGAAUUCUCGAGCCACUCGGGACCGCUGAGGAAGGGCUCUGGGGCUGAGCGUACCCAAUCUCCUGAAUCUCCUGAUGAGCGUACGGAGUAUGCAGAGCAGCAGCAUCAGCAGAAUCAGCAGAACGAUCCACAGCUGCUGCGCAAUGACUUGCCAGUGGCACAGCCACUCGUGGGACCAGCGUCCAAUCACUCAAAGCUGCGUAGAGGAUCCAAGACAACUGCAGGCAGAUCAAAGGAUGCCAGAGACAGGGCUAGAGAAUCUGAGAAGGAACGGCGGACCAGCACGAACAGUGCCAGUGCCGUCAUUGCAAGUGAGGGAGGCAAAAGCUCGAGACGGCGCAGUUCGACGCGAAACAGCAAAGGAGCGAACUCGGCAGGUGUGCCUAUCCACGUGGAGGAGGCAGAAUUGUCGGAGCCAGAGUCUGUUGUAACAGACAGCGACCUCUCUGAGUUUCUCCAGGAGCUGUUUCGACAGUACAGCACUUCCCGCGACAAGAAGGGGAGGCCACUCCUGUCAAACGCUGGGCUGAGACGAUUUCUCCAGGAGCCGAAUGUUGAAAGCUUGAAUCCAACUGUCGCUUUGGACCUCUGA